GUCAGUGUCUCUGUUCACCUUGUAGGUGCAGGUUCCUCUGCGCUGCUGACCUACCAGCUUCGAGAAGGUAAGACUGAAAAAGGAGAUGAAAUUACAUUUUAUAUUUUGCACACUUUCAUCCCUCUUUUGUAUAUUUACAGUUGUUAAAAAUGGUACAAAUUCAUGUGUGAAACGACUGAAAUCGUAAAGAUUUUUGCAUUGAAAUUUAAGUUCUGGAGCAGCUUUUGGUCAACAUGAGCAUCCUGUACGUCCUUGGCAUCCUGCAGCUGGCUGUUCCUGCAUUUACACUGACACAGCCGGUCGAUGACUACUGGGGAGAGUUUGGGGCUUUUGGGCCCUGCAGCCAAACCUGCGGCACCGGAGUGGCAAUGAGAACCAGGAAUUGCAUCACUUCAAGGACAGAUGGGGGACACAACUGUGUGGGAUCCUCCAAGUCCUUCCGUACUUGUAAUACACAUGCGUGCCCAGUUGGAUCAAGAGAUUUUCGGGAGGAUCAGUGUUCUGAGUUUGACAGAGUGGAUUUUCAGGGGAAGCGUCACACAUGGGUGCCUUACUAUGGAGCAUCCAAUCCGUGCGAGUUGAACUGCGUACCACGAGGACAAAAUUUUUUCUACCGACACCGCCCAGCGGUGGUAGAUGGGACUCCGUGUUACGUGGGGCGCACCGACAUCUGUGUGGAAGGCAUCUGCAGGCUGCUGGUCCAUGGAGAGUUUAUGGGAUUAGACAACGACACAAGUUCUGUUCACUCGGCUACUCCGGUUGCUGUUGCGCCUGAUCCAAGAGAGACGUUCGCAUACACCUACAGGGCGGGGGUUUACGCCGAGUGUUCUGCCACCUGUGAUGGAGGCAUGCAGUAUCGAAGUGUGGAGUGUCUGGUUCAGGACCCGUCCAACCCCAGGGUGGUGGACGAGUCUUACUGUAUCGCCCAGCGUCUGCAGAGACCACUGAGUCAGCAGGCCUGCAACAUGCAGCUGUGCUCUGCAGAGUACAGCGUCUCCAGCUUCAGCGUGUGUUCGGUGACCUGUGGAGAAGGGCAGCAGACGAGGGAGGUGGUCUGUGUGGGACCAAGAGGGGAACAUCUCCCUGACCGUAACUGCAGAGGACUGGCACGACCUGCUUCUGUCCAGGCCUGCCGCCGACCUGCCUGUCACACACACGUAACCUGGCAUGUAACAGAGUACGGACUCUGCACUAGAAGUUGUGGUGGUGGGGUUAGAGAGAGGAAAGUUGGUUGCUUCGAUACAGACUUGAACCCUUACCCCGAGGAUCAGUGUGGAGUAGCAAGCAGACCUUCAUCUGUGGAAACGUGCAAUUCUCAGUCCUGUCAUAGAUCGCAAAUGGUUCCAAGCAUUCAGGACCCAGGAGUGGGGAGGAGUGCUAUAAGAUUUGUGCCUCACGAUCCAAGAGAACAUUCAGCUUCCGGACCCGACACAAACACUGAGCACGAUCCCUACCCUCCUGUGAUAGGUCCUCAUUGUGUGCAGUCCUUAUACGGUUGCUGUCCUGAUGGACACACUUCUGCAACUGGACCCAGGGACCAGGGAUGCUCAUCUGCCGAGUGUCUUCGCAGCAGGUAUGGCUGUUGUUUGGAUGAGGUGACACCUGCACGAGGACCAGGAGGAGCUGGAUGUCCUGAAUACCAAACAAGGGCAUCAACCCAUAGAGAGAAUACGGGUGUGGAUGAGGAUAGCAAUUCAGCUGUUCCGGUUUCUCAUCCAAGGGAGAUGUUCGCAUACACCUACAGGGCAGGGGCUUAUGGCGAGUGUUCUGUCACCUGUGAUGGAGGCAUGCAGUAUCGAAGCGUGGAGUGUCUGGUUCAGGACCCGUCCAACCCCAGGGUGGUGGACGAGUCUUACUGCAUCGCCCAGCGACUGCAGAGACCACCGAGUCAGCAGGCCUGCAACAUGCAGCCGUGCUCAGCAGAGUACAGCGUCUCCAGCUUCAGCGUGUGUUCGGUGACCUGUGGAGAAGGGCAGCAGACGAGGGAGGUGGUCUGUGUGGGACCAAGAGGGGAACAUCUCCCUGACCGUAACUGCAGAGGACUGGCACGACCUGCUUCUGUCCAGGCCUGCCGCCGACCUGCCUGUCACACACACGUAACCUGGCAUGUAACAGAGUACGGACUCUGCACUAGAAGCUGUGGUGGUGGGGUCAGAGAGAGGAAAGUCAGUUGUUUUGAUACAGACUUGAACUCUUACCCCGAGGAUCAGUGUGGAGUAGCUAGCAGACCAACUUCUGUAGAGUCGUGCAACACACACCCUUGCCCAGGAGUGCAAAUGGUUCCAAGUGUUCAAGAUCCAGGGAGUGGAAGCACCAUGAGGAGAUUUGAGCCCCAUGUUUCAGGAGAAACUUCAGUUUCAUAUACCUCUGCUCCUCGCUGUGCACAGUCAUCACACGGCUGCUGUCCUGAUGGCUAUACUUCUGCAUCUGGACCCAGAAAUCAGGGCUGCUCACCAACCGACUGCACUCGCACCAGGUAUGGCUGUUGUUUGGAUGGAGUGACACCAGCUCCAGGAGUUGGAAGGGCUGGAUGUCCCGAGCAUCAGACUGCUGACGAGCACCCAUCACACCCAGUUGAUUCAUCCCUCGCUAACUCAUGCUUCCUGCCUCGAGACGAGGGUCCAUGUGAUACCUGGGUAGUUCGGUUCAGCUAUGACUCUGGCACUGGCAAAUGCAAGGAGUUUUGGUAUGGAGGCUGCCAUGGCAACGCCAACAACUUUAUGUCCAUGGAGGCAUGCAGAAGAGGGUGUGGCGGUGUGGGAAGGGAGCCUGCCUCUUUGAGCGUGACCCCAAGGAGGGGGUCACUUGGUACUAUUGCGAGAGCCACAGCACACCGCUCGCGUCUCCAGCACAGAGCAUAAUUGGCCAUUUUUGUCUCCACAUGCUUUCAUGUGUGCACACACAUCUACAGAUUGGUGGACUAAAACUGAAACUUUUUAAUCUCAUUUUAUGCAAAGAAGCAUCCCAAAAGUGAGACUAUCUAAUAUUUUUAAGUAUUAUUCUACAACAGUCCACCAGGGCUUUUGAUGAUCUGUCAGAAUUAGAUGCUUUUGAUUUUAUUUCCACUCACCUGAGAUGCAUCAUCCUGUAGCUUGUUUUUUACUGUUUGCCAAAGCCUCGUUAUAAAUGGUCUAAAAGGAAGUAUUGCUGUCAACAAGCCACUUUUUUAGUAGGAAUACAGUUGGCAUCGAUUAUGUUUUACCACUGUUUUUAAGUCUUGAGAAAUUUGCUGAAGUUUUCUUAAGUUGUAGAAUUUACCUUGUUGGUCAAGACAAAUAAACAUGGUGUUAGUAUAA